CCCGGCUUUAUAACGGCUGGGGCGGCCGCCGUGCCCGGCUCCGCUGCGCCGCGCUGCGCCCGCGGGGAGCGCAGGGGCCGCGGGACGGCACCAUGCGGAGCUUGCGCGGCGCUGCGCCGCCGCCGGUGCUGCCGCUGCUGCUGCUGCUGCUGCUGCCGCUGCUGCUGCUGCUGGCGGCCGGGCAGGGCGCCGUCAUCACCGGGGCCUGCGACCGAGACCAGCAGUGCGGAGGAGGGAUGUGCUGUGCGGUUAGCCUCUGGAUCCGCAGCCUGCGAAUGUGCACGCCAAUGGGAAAUUUGGGAGAGGAGUGCCAUCCUCUGAGUCACCGAGUGAGUCCCUUUCUCCGGGCGGCGGAUGCACCACACCUGCCCGUGCCUCCCCGGCCUGGCCUGUGUACGGACUUCUCCCAGCAAAUUCAAAUGUUUACCGGACUUCAGAAAAGAAGAUGUCUUUUUUUAGCAGGAGCUAUUCUGCAUGAGGAAGAGCCGCUCGAUGUAUUCUUUUUCUUGUUAUUGUGACAAACGAGGUACUUGCCAGGGGAAACCCUCUCCCACACUUCGCUGCCUCACCAACAUCGAAGCUGAAGGGGCGACACUGUGCUGUAGUGGCCAAGGUUUUCAGGAGGGACCCACAGUGAUGGAUGCUUUCAUUUUGGGGUGAGCAAAAUGACAUCUGCUAAAGCAAUACUGCUUUCUGAGGACAGGAGCUUAACCAUUUCUGAACCAUUUCAUGGUCUCCAUGGUUCCAGUUUAACCCCAGAAUGAAAACAGCCAAAAUGAUUGUUAGUUUGGGGAAAUUUUGGCCACAUUUUCACACUUUGCAAUGCCUGAAUCCAGCUGAGAGUUUAAUAAUUGCAUAGCGUGAAGCAUAUGAUGAAAGCCAAAAACCUGUAUUUACAUUGCAUUUCAUAUCUUUAUUAAUAUAACUGUAUUUGAAAGUUAGGUGCACCUCUAGGGUAAAAGUUUAACCAAUAGAUGCAGUUUUUACACUUUUUAGAAGUGGCAGGUGGAACCAAAGCAUUUCAAUACUCAAAGCAUUAAAAGAUUUUGUUAUUUUAGUAUUCUGAGACAAGAAGAAGUUGUUGUUACUUGAGUUGGUGUAAAACUACCUGAUCAUCUCAAACUAUGUAUUAAGAUGUAGUUUAUAUUAAAAAAGGAACUCUGAAGUUUAUUGUAAUGGGCUGCUUGACUUCUCGUAUAUGUAUCAAAUUUGCUGUGUAAAAAUUCUGUAUCAGAAUAAUGGCAGUAUAUGAUUUGAUUUAUUUUAAUAUUAUAACAUUAUUUUGUCAUUGUGGUUUUCCA